AUGCGGCGCGCAGAGGAGGACGAGUGUGCCCGAAGCGUGGGCCGCUGGCUGCGCUGCUGCUGUCAGGGCAAUUCCUGGAUGCACAGCGGGUCUGACACAUUCAGAUUGGCAGUGCUGAUGUCAAAUCUGCUAGCUGAGGAAUCCUGUAAAUGCAAUGGCUGGAAGAACCCCAACCCGCCCCCCACGCCCCCCCGGGCAGAGCUGCAGCAGGCGGUGGUCAGCCUCGCAGAGCCCUGCCGCAGCUGCAGCCACGCGCUGGCUGCUCACGUUUCUCACCUGGAGAAUGUGUCUGAAGAAGAAAUGAAUAGGCUCCUGGGGAUCGUAUUGGAUGUGGAGUAUCUGUUCACCUGUGUCCACAAGGAAGAAGAUGCAGACACCAAACAAGUUUAUUUCUACCUGUUCAAACUGUUGAGGAAGUGCAUUUUACAGAUGGGAAAACCUGUAGUAGAAGGAUCUUUGGAAAGUCCUCCAUUUGAGAAACCUAGCAUUGAACAGGGUGUGAAUAACUUUGUGCAGUACAAAUUUAGCCACUUACCAUCAAAGGAAAGACAAACAAUAGUGGAACUGGCUAAAAUGUUUCUGAACCGCAUUAACUACUGGCACCUGGAGACACCUUCUCAGCGAAGACUAAGGUCACCCAAUGAUGAUAUUGCGGGUUAUAAAGUGAAUUAUACCAGGUGGCUUUGUUAUUGCAAUGUCCCUCAGUUCUGUGACAGUCUACCUCGGUAUGAAACCACCCAGGUUUUCGGUAGGACAUUGCUUCGCUCCGUUUUUACUGUAAUGAGACGGCAACUGCUGGAGCAGGCCAGGCAAGAAAAAGACAAGCUUCCUCAAGAGAAACGAACACUAAUCCUCACCCAUUUCCCAAAGUUUCUGUCAAUGCUGGAAGAAGAAGUGUACAGCCAGAAUUCUCCCAUUUGGGAUCAAGAUUUCAUGGUGUCUAGUUCCCGAACUGGCCAGCUGGGAAUCCAGACAGUUAUCAGUCCUCCUCCUGUUGCGAGAUCUGUUUCAUACAGUGCAAGUCCUUCGUCUCUGGAGCAACCCAGCAGUGGGAAUAUGAGUCCUGCUUGCAAAGUUUCUUCAACCCUUGACCCAAACCUAGGGGAAAAGAGAAAAAAUAACGAACCCUAUUCUCUAGAGGAUUCCAAAAGACCAAGGGUUGUAGGAGAUAUUCCUAUUGAGUUAAUCAAUGAAGUAAUGUCAACAAUUACAGAUCCUGGAGCGAUGCUUGGGCCAGAGACCAACUUCCUCUCAGCGCACUCGGCCCGGGACGAGGCGGCGAGGCUGGAGGAGCGCAGGGGGGUGAUCGAAUUCCACGUGGUCGGUAACUCCCUGAACCAGAAGCCCAACAAGAAGAUCAUGAUGUGGCUGGUUGGUUUGCAGAACGUGUUCUCCCAUCAGCUUCCUCGAAUGCCGAAGGAGUACAUCACGCGCUUGGUCUUUGAUCCGAAACACAAGACCCUUGCAUUAAUAAAAGAUGGUCGUGUUAUUGGUGGUAUCUGCUUCCGGAUGUUCCCCUCCCAGGGCUUUACGGAGAUUGUUUUCUGUGCUGUGACUUCCAAUGAGCAAGUCAAGGGUUAUGGGACUCACCUAAUGAACCAUCUGAAGGAGUACCACAUCAAACACAACAUUCUCAACUUUCUCACGUAUGCAGAUGAAUACGCUAUCGGCUACUUCAAAAAACAAGGUUUCUCCAAAGACAUAAAAGUACCAAAAGCAAAAUACGUUGGCUACAUCAAGGAUUAUGAGGGUGCUACAUUAAUGGGCUGUGAAUUAAAUCCAAGGAUCCCUUACACGGAAUUUUCUGUCAUCAUUAAAAAGCAAAAAGAG